CCUAUCUUCCUUAUGGGCCACACACCCCACUUUGAUUUAUCUCGUUCUGCAAUCGUUCCCGCUUAGCUUUAGGUCUAGGGCUACGUGGCGGGUGGGGGGGGGGGGAGAAAGUAGAUCCUGCGUGGUCUCAUAGGCGGCGUGGCAGCCAAGGAUUGUCAGGGUACUAGGGUUAUGUUUGUGAGAAUGUUUAAGAUCCCUGAACGAUUGCUUCACGUAUCACAUCACUAUCAGACACACACUUAUCACGGAUCCAUGAGCCCCGAUCUCGUCGUUACGAAUGGCAAAGUUUCAUAUUACAUGAUUGAAGCCGGCAGCCUCGUCGCUCCCCCACAUCGGCAGGAUCCGAAUUUCGUUGACCGAGAAACGAAGAAGGGUCCGGGAGAUCGCGGCAGAUUGCUGAAAAUAGCGAGUGAAUCUUUAUCCACAAGUCGGCUCCAUUCUAAAUUGUGGGGUCGGAGAGAGAGACCCUGCACUCUUGCUUCAUCCAACGCCCCCCCCCCAGAAAACAAAAAAAAAGGAGAAACACUGCCUUUUAAUGAUAAGCCUGACUCGCUGACAGAUACCCAAUGGCACCUCUUGGUCGGUUGUGUCGGCAGCAAAAAAAAGAGCCCUCUGGGAUUUCCUCAACUACCCCUCACUUGGGAAAAUCAGGAUAUUAUUAUCGUUCAAUAUAAAAGAAGAAAGUCAAACGCCGCCGCCUAUUGGCCCUGUUGUGUCACCCGCACAGAUAUCGGCUUGCACCCCCCCCCCCCGUAUCUUCCUUUUUGAUUUCGCAUUAUCAAUAAAGAAUGCGUGACACCCACCUUAACCUUGCUAUCAUCAACCCAUAAGAGGAUGUGGGGGGGCUCGUGCACUUGGAAGGAAGGUUACGGAACAACAGCGCUUACUGUCACAGCAUGACUCCCCUCUUUACUGACGACCUGGUUUUUUCAAAAGGCUGUGGUGGAUUUCUUGUGGAGUGACACGCACACAUUCUCUUUUUCUUUCCGUUU